AUGAGCACUUUUGUGAGCCUGUUGGAGGUGCUGGAGUCACGUGGAACCCCCCUGGAGGAGGAGGAGGUGUGGGCCAUCCUUCUGUUCGCUGCUGAAGCCUUAAUGACCCUCUCGAGUAAAGGUUCUGGUAAUGUGUGCAGUAUAAUCAGUCCCAGCAACGUUCUACUCUCACUGAGCGGUGAUGUUGCCUUCAAAGCCAACAGCCACGCCCAUGACGUGGCUUCCUUCACUCCUCCAGAGGUGCCUCGGAAUUCCUCGGGCAAAGAAAAGAUGCUGGUUUACUCUCUGGGAUUGACCCUCUACUGGACUUUAGACUAUCGGCUUUCUCAAAAUCAGCCUGUCCAGCUGAGUGACCAUCUGAACAACGUUCUACUGAGCAUGUGCGAAGAGGAAGCUCACAGACGACCAGAUCUGCUGUUCCUGCUGGACGUCUGUGAGCAGCACCAGAAGACCACGGUUCCUCCACCUCCGGAUAAACUCAUCAGUCGGAUGGUUCGGGAUGUCCUACAAGAUCCUGCCAAGAGUACGAUGGGUGAUUCCGCUCUCCUAACAAACCGAAGUCAGUUGGUCAGAGACAAGCUGAGAGGAAUCUGUGGUCAGAACCCGAGCUGGUCUUUAAACAAGAGCAGCUCACCAUCCUACACUUUACAGACCGAGUCGAACAGGUAAACACGACCAGCUAACUCAACAGGCAGCACCAGCAGUUCGUAUUAUGAAGGUCACAUGUUUCUUAGCGAUGGACCUAACCGGUCAUUAGGAUCUUCAGUAAGUCUCAACAAAAGGAAGAACGUGGGGCCGGAGUUUGUCCGAAUGCUAGCUGAGCCGUUUAUCGUCUUGGAGAUGCCCAGUUCCAAUGUGUCGAAGAAAGGGAAGUCUUGUUCCACCCAGAGGGACGUCAAAGUGGUCAUGCCAAACGGACAAAACAUCCUGGUCAAAUGUGAUGCCAAGACCAGAGGGGGCGACGUCUUUGAUAUGAUCACUGCCCAUUCAGAAUUGGUGGAGCACUUCUACUUUGGCCUCGCCUACACUUAUGCGAAUGAGUUCUUCUUCCUGCCCAAUGAGACCAAAAUUUCCAAAGUCGCCCCAGAGAGCUGGAAAAAAGCACCAACGUCCAUGUUCGUCCUUCACUUCCGGAUCAAGUUUUUUGUCAGUGACGUCACUCUGCUUCUGCACAGGCUGAGCCGUCACCAGUACUACCAGCAGCUCAGGAGGGACAUUUUGGAAGAUCGACUUCCCUGUAAUGAAGAAACAGGCCUGCUUCUCGCCGCUUUGGCUCUCCAGGCUGAAUUUGGGGACAUCAUCCCGGAGGUGUACGGGAGGGACUACUAUCAACCGGAGCACUACGUCCCCAGGAGCAUCUUGGAGAAAAUCGCGCUGCCUUGCUUGAAAAAAAAACUGCGCCAACUACACGGCAUUAAUGCCAACAUGACCGCCGAGGAGUCGGAGCUCGAAUUCAUCAAGGUCGUUCAGCAGCUUUCUGAGUACGGUCUACUGUUUCACCGUGCUGCCAGCCAGAAGAAGCCCAGCGUUGGAGAGCUGCUCCUGGGCGUCUGCGCCAAAGGCAUCGUCGUCCACGAAUAUAUAAAUAACGUCCACACCUCAAGAUUUAGGUUCCACUGGCAAGAGAUCGUCAGAAUAUCUGCAGCUAAGCGUAAAUUUGUGAUCGAGAGCAGCGCUGGCGUGAGGAAGCACACGUUUCUCAUGGAAAAGUCUAGAAUCGCCAAGUACCUCUGCAGCCUGUGCAUGGAACAGCACAAGUUCCACAAGGAGAUGAGCUCUCGUCAGCUAAGCCACAGUCUUGCUUCAGGCAUGUCUUUGAUUACUCGGCCUGACGCGUGUAGAAGAAUCUCCUGCUCUGAUGGGACGCUCAGUGAUGGUGGACGUGACGUUGCCCAUCACGACUCCAUGAGCAAGCUGUGUGAUCACAUCGCCAAUCGCAUCGAAUCCAGGAUCAAACAGCAGACAGACCUACUGGAGCGCUCCUGUGCCUUGAGUCCAGUUUCUCCAAGGUUUGCUGGAUCUCACAAGCAAAGCUCAGAGGUUCCUUCCUCGUCUUCAUUUUUAAGAGAUACUCCAACAAAUUCCAGAGCUCCUGAGAGAGAAAUUAUCCACGUGACGUUGAAGAAAGACCCCAAAUUAGGCCUUGGUAUAAUUAUUGUCGGAGAGGACAGCACCAACGGGCUAGAUCUGGGAAUCUUCAUCGCGUCCGUCGUACCAGGAGGACCAGCUGACCAGGAUGGACGAAUCAGACAAGGUGGUCGAUUGAUCUCCCUGAACCAGACCAGCCUUGAGGGAGUUUCCUUCAGCGAGGCGGCAGAAAUCAUCCAGCGCAGCCCCAGUCAGGUGGAACUCAUCAUCUCCCAGUCCGAAGGUACAAUUUCAAUCUGUGGUCUGGCCGGGAGGAAAUACGACUCUCAGACAACCAUCGGUCUGGACAGCUGUUCGGAAGACGGCCUGGACGAACUGGUGACCAUGAUGAUGACGCCGAAAUUGAGCCGCAGGCUCCAAGUGCCUGAAGUGCACAUUUCCAGCGUACAGUUGCUUAGCCUUCAAAAGGAAGUAGUGAAGAACUGCGUUGGCGUACGACAGAAUCUACAGAAAGCCGCUUGUUCAGCAGGUCCACAAAACAGCAGCCAUCAUAAAGCCAAAUAUAUGAACCAGCGCCAGAUCUUAGAGCGGUCCGAGUGCAUGGAAACAGAAUGA